UCGUCGGCAUGGCAGCUGGCGCCCUGGGAGAGAGUGACAAGGAGGAAGAAGAAAGGGGAGGGGAGCCCACAUGAAAGCAACAGAACGAGGAAACGACCGCGGCGCAGCCUUUAUUUGAUGCGUUCCGAUAACAACGGAGGGCACAACUGCGAGCGGGGAGCGGGAGACAACGCCUCCGUCCGGACUGCAAGCUCGAGCGGCCUGGAGCGACUCGUUCCCGGCGCCCUCGGAGCCAUCAUGGAGGUGCCCGGCUCACCCCAGUUGGUGGAGGACGGCGGCGAGGAGGACGAGGAGGAGCUGAGCGGCGGCGAGGAGGCCGACCCGCGCUCCAGCUCGGGCCGGGGCUCGCUGCUCACGCGACGAGGCAUCACGCUGCGGGUGCUCCUCAAGGACGGCCUGGUGGAGCCCGGCGACGGCGUGCUGGCCAUCCACUACCUGGGUAAGAACUUCAUCGGGGACCUGCUGAACGACGGCAAAAUCCGCUGGGUGGAGACGGGUCAGACCUUCAACUCGCCGAGCGCCUGGGCCACCCACUGCAAGCGGCUGGUCAACCCGGCCAAGAAGUCCGGCUGCGGCUGGGCGUCGGUGCGCUACCGCGGCCAGAAGCUGGCCCAGUACAAGACCACCUGGCUGCACAAGUACCAGCCCAGCGCAGACAUGAGUCUGGUGAGCGAGGAGGAUGACGACGAGGACGAGGAGGAAGGGAAAUCAGCCACGCAAGCCGAAGAAAAGAACAGAAACAACAAACCUGGAGGAUUACACGACGCUCUGGCUCCGAGGCGAACGGACCGAGAGAGAAUCCCCGUCAGAUACUGCACUCUGGGCACCAGAGACGCUUCCAGAGACCCUCACACGCUGGUGGAGCUGUCGGCCUUCUCGGCCAUCAACAGGUUCCAGCCUUUCAAUGUGGCUGUGUCCAGCAACGUGCUGCUGCUCAUGGACUUCCACUGUCACCUGACCACCAGCGAGGUGGUGGGAUACCUGGGAGGACGCUGGGAUACGAACACACAAUUGCUGACCGUCUUACGGGCCUUCCCUUGUCGAACGAGGCUGGCGGACAGAGACACUGCCUCCGCUGUCGAGGAGGAGAUCUGCCAGAACUUGUUCAUGCGCGGCUUGUCGUUGGUGGGCUGGUACCACAGUCACCCUCGAGGUCCGGCCCUGCCGUCGCUGCAGGACAUCGAUUCGCAGAUGGACCACCAACUGCGACUGCAAGGAUCCAACAAUGGCUUCCAGCCGUGCCUGGGCGUCAUCUGCGGACCGUACUAUCACGGCAACCAAGGCGUGGCCUCCACUAUAACGCCGUUCUGGGUCGUACCUCCGCCAGAGCAAAGGCCCAACGACUACGGCAUCCCGGUGGCUGUGGAGGUUACGUACGUUCAGGAUAACUUCCUCACCAGCGACGUCCUCAACGAGAUGGUGCUGCUGGUGGACUUCUACAAGGCCGCCCCCGACCUCGUCCACUUCAACCAGUACUGGUGUCCCGACACCACCAUGUUGGAUAAGAUCAAGGGCUCGCUGAGCUGCCACGCCCCCAAGGACCAAGCCUACUCGCAGAUCCUGGAGCACGUCUACAGCCAGCUGAGUGGCGUGCAGUGAGACGUGCCACAUUUCAUUUGCCUUCUUCAGCAAUACGAUGAAGCACAAAGUUUGUUGGUAAUGUUUGUUUUGUUCUUUUAUUUUGGAGUGAAUGUUCAAGUUUCGAGGUUACACUGAGGUGAUUUCUUUGUAUCUAUUACUAGGGUUCUCAAACUGUUUGGGUCCAGGGGGAGAAAUUAUGACUCCCCCCUCCAUGCAACUAUUUCGAACUGAGAGGAACAGCUUCAUUUAGGCAGGCCAUAGCCUUGUCUAAUAGAGAAAAGUGCUUUGCCGCCAUCUUGUGGCAUCUGUAGCCAAUUAUGAAACUUUUUUUGGCAGGUGUCAUUUCGUUGUGGAUUUUUGCUAUUCGUGGCAGGGCUUGGUCCCUCUAUCCCAAUAUCAUAGGAAAGGGGGAAAAAAAAAAGUUAUUUUUAAGAAAAGAAAAAAAAAAAUCAUUAAAUAACAAAAAUACAUGUUUAGUUUAAGGAAAAAAAGUAUCAGGAUAGUCAUUUAUUUUGUAGAAAUAAAGGUAUCUUACCACAACAAAGACAUUUUGUCUGGAUUAAAAAGUACUUUUUACAAGGUGAAGUCAUACUACAGAUACAUAAAGUCCAACUUUAACAAAGGAAGAAAGUCAUAUUACAAGGAGCCCCUCUUCAUCCUAAUGCCAACUAAACAUUACCACAUUUAACCCUAAAUGCCAUAGGAAUUAUAAUGUUGCCUACUUUAAGGAAAAAAUUUAUUGUAACAUGAUGAUAAAUGCAGAUUGUUUGAGAACAAAAGUUGUGAUAGCUUUUAAUUGGCCCAAAGCUACAGGUAGGGAGUUGAAGACUCCCGAACUUUGGCUUGCGGACCCCAGUUUGAGAACCACUGUAUUCGCCUAAUAACUUGUACGAGUUUCUUGUUACCUUUUUAUUUAUUACUGCACAUGCAGAGCAAUGCCUUAAGCCUGCUGAUUGCUGAUCCACAAAGCAUUUCAACCAAUACACACUGGAAAUAUUUAAAACACAACUGGCUCUUUGUAUUUUUGUCCAACAC